GAAAUUAAUUUGACGAUGGUACCAAAACUAGUUGCCUUUUAAACCAUACCAUACCAAGAGUCAGAUUGUUGCAUAGAUUAACGUUACAGCUCUAGCACCUGACACCUUGGAUUUAUUUUAUUCACCAGAUUGUGGCUUUCAAGUCCUUAGGGAAUCGAUGUGUUUACUUAAGAUGACUUCGUGGUCGUUGUGAGAACAAUUGCAAUCCCUGAAGCUGGUGACGCAUUAAGAUAAGUGAUUUGCCUUGUAGUCUGUUAUUUUUCGCUGGUAGCAGAAAGAUGGCAACAUGCAUAUUUUGGAGAUAGUAUGGGACAGUCUGUACAAAAACAACAUACACGUAGAUUUUAAUUAACAUAACCGAAUGCGGGGUCUCAAGCAGUUAUUGAAGGCCUUUAUACCUUUUGGUUACCUGUUAGUUACUGAAUACCUCUUUAAUCUCGUCUAUCACGUUCUCAGGGGUCUGUAGUGGGUCUGCUACAUGUGUGCAUGCUUGGUAAUAUGUUUUCACUUACAUGAACAUGGUUUUUCAUCCUGGAAAAUCUGUGUCUCUUUCAAGUGUUUAUACCCCCACAUUUUCCUUCUGAGAGGCACACUGUGUUACCUCCUGGUAUGAUAUGCGCCGAUAUUGAUAAGUCGGCGUAGGGAAAUGCGAGUUUUUGUGCUAGAGACAUCACAAUAACACUCACAGGAACCCAGAGUAUUUUACUUUUCAAAUAUAUACCGCUCGAAACUAAAAUUAAUUAACCCUUUGAAAGGAGAAUAAAACCAAAAUCUCUGAGGCAGCAGCUGCUAAUGGCCAACCCAUUAACAAAUUAGGUCUAUUCAUGUGAUAAGCGCAUGGUAAAUCGGCGAUCGCUAUUGGGUCAUGACGUAGCAAGGAAAAACCGCGAAAACACCCCCUUUCGCCAGUAUAAACAAGACCAUGUUGAACUUCAAUUAUAACCUGCUCUGAAGAACGAGGACGAGAACUACACCUUGCAUGAAAGUGGUGAAGACAGUCAGGACGAACGUAUCCACUUGACCCCGCUAAAGAUAUUUGUGAAGACUUCAAAAAUGACAAAGUUCCAUUCACGCGCUCAAGUGAUUCAGAUGCUCUAUGACAGCGAUGAGGAAUCCGACAGCCUCAGUGAAUGCCUUUCAGAUGACCCUUCACGUGGAGCUAGCAUGGAUUCCUUUGAAUGGAUGUGUUUUGAGGAACGACUGGACCCUCUCCUCGACUUUGUUUCUUCUGAGGCUCCAAUGAGUGCACCUGUCCCCUCCCCUCUCCCCACACACCGCAGCUCCCCUGACCUGCCAGGUCCCUCAAGCCUUCUUCUAUCUCCAAGGCGGACAAGUACCAGAAAGAGUGCGAGACUAUCCGCCAAGAGGAGUGUAAGCCAAUCCCUCAAGAGGAGUGCGAGCCAAUCCUUCAAGAAGAGAGCACCCACACGAACGGCUAUGGCUUCAAAAAUGACAAAGGCCGAUUCACGCGCUCCAGUGCUUCAGAUGCUCUAUGACAGCGAUGCAGAAUUCGACAGCCUCAGUGAAUGCAGUAGUGAAUGCCUUUCAGAUGACCCUUGGUCUAGCAUGGAUUCCUUUGAAUGGAUGUGUUUUGAGAAACGACUGGACCCUAUCUUGGACUUUGUUUCUUCUGAGGCUCCAAUGAGUGCACCUGUCCCCUCCCCUCUCCCAACACACCGCAGCUCCCCUGACCUGCCAGGUCCCUCAAGCCUUCUUCCAUCUCCAAGGCGGACAAGUACCAGAAAGAGUGCGAGACUAUCCGUCAAGAGGAGUGCGAGGCUAUCCGUCAAUAGGAGUGCGAGCCAAUCCUUCAAGAAGAGAGCACCCACACGAACGGCUAUGGCUUCAAAAAUGAAGACAUAUUCACCCGCUCAAGUGAUUCAGAUGCUCAAUGACAGCGAUGAGGAAUCGUCUGACCUGCCAGGUCCCUCAAGCCUUUCUCCAUCUCCAAGGAGGACAAGUACCAGAAAGAGUGCGAGACUAUCCGUCAAGAAGAGUGCAAAACCAUCAGUGAAAAACAGCCGUCUGUAGAAACCAGCUUUAUUAGGCUGAAAAAUCUCUACGGCAGGUGUCACUGCCUUACGCCAUGUUUUUGCACAGAACAAACCUGUGUUGCAUGCUGUGUCUGGGAGACUGUUGCUAACUUGGUUGAUGGUUGAUGCUGGACAGUAUUGUUUUAAGUUAUUAUUUUCUUUAUUCUUUAGCUUGUUCAGUUGCUUAGUUUCACUGGCUCUGAUGCUGCUGCCCCAAGUAAAAGUAUAUAUUUUUGUACCUGUAUCUGUAGGUCGCCCCUAGCCCACCGUAAGUUUAUGACUUGGGGGGGGGGGGGGGCACAAUGUAGUACGCCACUCUGUAUUCAUUACUGUUCAUUUAACCAAGUGUGCCACUGGUUUUGUUCCGUUUAAUAAAGUUGAGUUCCCUAACCUCCAAACCA